AUGAAGAUUAUAAUAUGUUUGUUUCACUUGGAACUAAACAAAUUGAAAUAUUUGAAUACAUCAAAGAACUUUUAAGCCCUCAUUUGGCAAGCAUUACACCAAAUAAGCAAUUUGUAGAUUUCUUAGUAAAAGUUCUUUCUUUAAGGGACACCAAGAUUGAAUCUUAUCUUAGAUCUGUUUCAAUAAUUCCAAACCGAUCACUUACAAAACUUUUCAAAGCGGAAGAAUUGUAUUCAGAAGAUGAAGAUCUAUUUCGUACAGUCUUUCAAAGUUCUGAUAAAUUCUUGCCGCCUGAUUUACAAGGAGAUAAUAACUGUUUACAAGGUCUGGAAAGGAUGGGUCUAAAUGUUCAUGUAAAUCCUCAAACAUUUAUGGCCUGCGCUAGAAAAAUUCAUCAUGACCUGCAACAACCAGAUAUUCAAUUUAGUGUCAUUAGAUCUCGAGCAAAAGCUGUGAUAAAUUAUUUAUAUGAACAUUUAAUGGAUUUAAUUUUCACACCUCAACAAUGGAAAGAGUUGAUACGUAUUAAAUUU